AUGUGCAGAAGAGACAUGGUCAAGCGGUCAAGCGGUCAAGCGGUCAAGAAGAAGGCGUGUGUGAUUUGCGUGUAUUAUUGUCCUACGAAGGUUUCCACCGGUAUCAUGCAGGGCGUGUCCCGACAACGUCGCCGCUUGUUUUCCAAUAGGAAGGUACGUGCACCCGUCAAGCCAGAAGAGAUUAGUGGUACUGUGACAAGAUGCUUACAUAAGAAGAAGCCACAUUACUUUCGUGCCGAACUGAAAAGACUAAUGAUGCGCACUGUUAUCAUACCUUCCUCUUUCUCUGUGAUUAUGUCGUCACUGAGUUGUAACAGCCACAUCAAGGUACAUGCUCUACGUAUGUGCUUAGUAUGGAUUAUAAUUCAUAUGUACAGUCCAAAGCGUUGCCAAGCGGUCUUUUACAACAACUGGGCAAAGCAAACCGCCACAACGGUUGGAUUAACUCUAUCGCCUCGUCUCAAUCACUAAUAAACACAAAGUACGCGUAAAUUAGCAGACAACUAACCAAGUUCAAUAUGCUCACGACACUUUACGACGGCUCUACGACAUUACGUUUCGCAAUGAAUUGUACUUUCUCAAGUCAAGCAGCAACAACAGCAGCAUCAGAGAAGAUGACAAUGUCAAGUUUAAAAGAGAUUACCGAUGGAAGUGCGUCAAACAACUUUCUGGGCAAAGAGCUUUGAGUGCCGCGGCGAAGUUCUACUCUCCAUGCUGCAAAACCGAAUAACCACGCCACCACAUCGCACCAUGGUUAAUCCAACAACGGCCGAGACUUUCUACAAUGGCUCACUUAUCCCAUCAGGAAGCUGGA